AAUUGACUGUGCGCCACCUGGUCGGCCACUUUGAAAUCACUCGCUUAAUCUUUGAAUUGUCCUCUUCUCAGUUUUUCUACCAUUUAAAAUGUUGCAAGGCAAAAGGAUGAACUGUUUUUUUUUCUCCAAAAUCUUUCUUUACAGCGGAUAAGAACGAGCUUAUGAAGGAGAGGAUGCGAUUAGAAAAAGAAAAGAAGAAUGGAAACAAAGGACAGGAGCCCAAAGCACAGAAAAAAAGAAAGCAUCCUGAAGGAGACAAGGAAAACCAGAAAAAGAAAAAGAAGCAGGAGUCAACAGAAAGUGCUAAAGAAAAGGAGCAGGCUGUCCAAAACAAGGAAGAGAAAAGGAAGAAGAAAGAACAGGAGCAAGAAAGACAGAAGAUGACGCUGGAAGCAAGAAAGGCCCAGGCUAUAAGUCGAUGGGUUGCUUCUACAACAGCAACUACACACAAUGAUGAGGUUACAAUUGUAAAUGAUUCACCCAGCGUCACUUUCACACCCCAACCACUUCGCCAAGUCAACUCUUCGAACCAGUCACCAAUGACUCCAGCUCGCAUCGCUUACACAUCAGGCAGAACCCCAAGCACCACUCCUGAGUCAAUGCGAUCAACCAUACAAGAAUCUUCAGUAGCCAACCUAACUGUGCCUGGAAGUUCUACUGGUACCAAAUCAUUCACCAGAACCCCAAACACCAGUGUUAUCUCCACUCCAGGAUCAGUGCAAUCGAAGCAGAGCUCUUCAGCUGCUAACCCAAAGCCAGCUGCUACUAAAACAAAGGGAACCCGUGAGCCCAAGAGAGGUCUUCAUUUUCAAAGUGCCAUUGCAGACAACAGUGAUGAUGAAAUGGAGGAGGAGGUGGAGGGGGAACAAAUCCUUGAGGAUGCUGAUGCUUUUAGUAGUGAUUGCUGUAAAGAACAGAGGAUGGAGAUAAAAGCGUUAAGAAAGCGGCUGGAGAAAGUGCACAAGAGACUCAACAUAGCAUUAAAAUCAAAGACAUCUGCAGAAGUUAUAAACAACAGACCAGGAGCUGGAGUAGUGGACAGCACAUUGGCUGCUGAAUACAAGAUGGUAGAGGUCAUGGAGGGAUCCAGUGUCUUCUGGUACCCUCACCAACGGGCCUACU